ACCAAACUGCAAGUCCAACAUGUUGUUGAACAACAUGUGUGAGACUUUCAAUGCAGUCAUUAGGCCGCCAGAGAUAAACCUAUCCUCACCCAAAUGGAAUGGAUGAGGAGGUAUAUUAUGAACAGGAAUAAUGAAAAGUGGGAGGAUUCAAAAACAAUUACACACAACUUAGUGCCAUAUGUGAGGCAUGUUCUGGGGAGGAUAGACUUUGUGGCUAGGUCCUGUGUGGUGCAGCCAUCCAGAGGGAAUACAUUUGAGGUGCAGCUGAAGGAUGACCAGGUGUUGGUUGAUUUGGACAAGGAGACCUGCACAUGUUACCAUUGGGAACUCACUGGCAUUCCAUGUGUUCAUGCUUAUGCCUGCAUAUUGGAUAUGAGGGGUGACAUAGAGGCUGUUGUUGACCCAUACUAUACCAUGGACACAUACAGGUCUGCUUAUGAACCAGCUGUCCAACCAAUGCCUGGCCCAAAGCACUGGGAGACAGUCAGAAUGAGGGAACCACUACCCCCUUCUGUUAAGGUGCAACCUGGGAGACCAAAGAGCAAAAAAAGGAAGCUUGAGCCAGGAGAAUGUUCUUCUUCAGGUGGUCAGGCAAGUACCAAGAGGAAGAAGCAAUGCAGCAACUGUGGGGGAUAUAGGCAUUAUGCCAAGACUUGCAAAGUACCUGCUGCACCAGCUACAGAGCUGAUAAAGUCAGCAGGCAGACCCCCACUGAACACUCCUUGGAUGGUGGAGGAGAGGAAGAAGAAAGAGAUUAGGGCUGCUAAAAAGAGUGCAAUUGGGGCUGGACCAAACAGCAUAGGAAACAAAAAGUUUCCUCAAGAGCAAGAAGGUUGUCUGCCAUUCAGCAAGCGCCCACAGCCACAGUCUUCCUCAGCUAAGCAUUCCUCAGCUCAGCCAUCCUCUAGUCAGCCAUCCUCAGCUCAGCCUUCCUCAAGUCAGCCUGCCUCAAGCCAACCAAAAAGAAAGACAAGGUCUUCCUCAAGUCAGCCUACAACAGCCACAGGUGUUGUAACAAGGGCCAGGCUGCAAUCCCUCAACAACCUUACUCAGUGAUGUACUCAUGCUGGAUAUCAAACAUUAUGUCUGUUGAACAAUUUCAAACUUUUAUUAUGUACUCAUGACUGGUUAUGUAACUUGCUAGUUUUAUUAUGAACAAUUGGGCAUUUAGAUGCGUACAUAACAUAAUCCAACCAUUAAUCUGAGUACGAAACAAUUGCAAAUAAUAAUUGAAGAGAAUUUAAACCAUAAUUACCAAACAACCGAACAAUUGACCGCACUCACCUGUUUCAGCAGCUUCAAUCUGUUCCUCUUCUCAAAAAUCGUGGAAGAAUCGUGAAAGAAUUGUUUCAAGUAUCGUGCAACAAUGCAAUGCGCUGCUGCUAUUCAAUAAGAACAACAAUUUCGUUCAUUGGGGGAGAAUCGUGCAAGAAUGGUUCUUAUAUAUCGUGCAAGAAUCGUGGAAGAAUGGUUCUUAUAUACAGAUCUUUUAAAAAUAUAUCCGUUGGGGUGGGCCCCACUAACAGUUCUGUUAACGGAAGAUGGAUUUUGGUGUUAACUUCCAACUUUUAUAUUUUUGGGAGGUGUUAAAAUAAAAGUUUUUUUUUGGGGGGUGUUAAAAAACAUUUUCAGCCUUUUGUAAGGUGUUAAAAUCCAAAAUAUCCUUAAAAUAAUGAACCACACUCUAAUUAGAGGUUGCAAACAAGUCAUUGGAUUGGGUGUAAUUUGGUCAUAAUCAGCAAGUUUGAGUGAUUAGUCAUUUAGUUUGGUUUUGGAUUGAUUCAGAUUGGAAUAUCUUCAUGUCUUUUGUCAAUUAGACAUUAAUUUUUACAUUGGGUUGGAUCAAUCUCAGUUUGGACUAGAAUAAGGUCAUGUAAUUUUGGGUAAAACUUGGGUUUGAAUCAGAUACACCUUGCUAGGACUAGUAGUAAUAAAACAAUAAUAGGUUAAGCAACUACAAUCGAUACAUGAUAGGACAAUCAUC